AUGAUGAAGCUAUGCCUCGUUCUUCUCGCUCUGAUGCUAGCUGGUGCAGCAUCAGAGGGCGUAGAAAAGAGAAUUGUUGGGAGUCUGUCUUGUAAAAAGGAGAGGCCUUACCAUGUCCAGGUGGAGUCAGUCCAAGGAGGAAUUGUCUGUGGAGGCUCCCUGCUCAACACUCGCUGGGUCCUCACUGCUGCUCACUGUGCUGGACGGCUUGUGACUGUGAAGAUUGGCCUAACCUAUCAUCUCAGCUUCUGGAAAAGACUGAAAAAGGGAUUUAAGUCGAUAAAAAGUGAACAGCAAAUUCAAGUCACACAACAGUUUGCCUUCAAAGGUGAUGAUGACAAGCCUCAUGACAUCAUGCUCAUAAGACUAAAUCAAGAUGUCUCACCUGAACUCCCCAUCAUCAAGCUCCCUGCCACUGACUGCACCAGACCAGGCCAGGGGACGGAGGUCGACAUUGGAGGCUGGGGAGCCAAGAAGGCUGAUCUCCAAAAUGCCAAAAUUCCCAAAUCCCUGAGGUGUGCUGUGACAGAAAUCGCUUCAUGUGGUGACAACGAUAAACCGGAUGACAAGUACCACAGUGACGAGGCAAACACCAUGUGUGCCUUCAGACCUGGUGUGGAGGCCUGCCCAGGAGAUGCUGGCACAGCUGUAGUAUUCAAUGAGCUCUUGCACGGUGUUAUUGCCAGCAAGCCUAUUGAUGACUGUGCAAACCCAAUUGUAAUCAUGGAUGUUUGUCACUAUAGGAACUGGAUUGAUGAAACCAUGCGUAAGGAGUGAUUAGUGAAUCUUAAUGGUUCUAAAAGAGAUACGAGAUCCUCUUACAAGUUAAUAAAGAUCACAGAUCCCCUUACGAGUAAA